AUGGACCCCGAAAUGAACAAGCUCCUCAAAUGGAGUGUCGCCAACUCCCAGGCAUCUGCAGGUGCCGAUGGCGAGGGCAGCGCCCCUAAUCUCCCGGCAGCUGCCUCAAACCUGACCCCGCAGAUGGUCAACACACUCUUUGGUGGCCCUUCCGAUGCCGACCUGAUGCGGGCUGCGAUGGAGGUCGUGCACGACAACGAGUCCGACCUGGAGAACAAGUUGAUUGCAUUCGACAACUUCGAGCAGAUGAUUGAGGGAAUUGACAAUGCGAACAACCUCGUCCCGCUCAAUCUAUGGAAGCCGCUUGUCGAGCUCCUCAAGCACGAUGAGGCUGAGAUCAGACGCUACGCGGCCUGGUGUGUGGGAACAGCUGUGCAGAAUAACCCGAAGGCACAGGAACAGCUCGUCCUCCUGAACGAAAUUCCUACCCUCGUCACCCUCGCCACGACAGAUUCCAACCCCGCAGCCCGCAAGAAGGCCGUUUACGCCAUCUCCUCCGCAGUCCGUAACCACCAGCCUGCCUUGGAUGCACUGAACAAGAGCCUCCCAGAGGGCUAUCCCACCGACAAGACCGACGCCGCCGACAUGGACGGCAUUGAUGCCAUCAUUGAUAAGCUGCGGUCCCACCCGGUCGACGCCUCUGCAUGA